AUGCUCAGCUCGUCCUUGGCCCGCACGCGGUGCUCGUGCAUCGCGCGGGUGUCGUACCGCGCCCUGUCGACCGGCUCUGCGCCCGUGCCGACGCUCCACCCGACCCAGUCCAACCUCGCCCCGCCGCACCUCCUCACCCUCGCCGACCUGUCCGUGCCCCAGAUCCAGACCCUCAUCACCAACGCCGUCGCGUUCAAGAAGCACUACAAGAGCCGCGCCAUCCCGCAGGCGGGACGCAUCGCCGGCGCGCAGUUCCAGGAGGAGGGCGCAGGGGCGGGCGAGGCAGAGCUCGUCAAGAGCAAGAGCCUCGACGAGAAGACGAUCGCGUUCAUGUUCUCCAAGCGCUCGACUCGCACGCGUGUGUCGGGCGAGACGGCCGUCAAGCUCCUCGGCGGCGCACCCAUGUUCCUCGGCUCGGCCGACAUCCAGCUGGGCGUCAACGAGAGCCUGUACGACACGUCGCGCGUCGUGAGCUCCAUGGUCGACGGCAUCCUCGCCCGCGUCGGCCACCACUCCGAGGUCGAGACGCUCGCCAAGCACUCGACCGUGCCCGUCAUCAACGCCCUGUCGCACCUGUACCACCCGCUGCAAAUCCUCGCCGACCUGCAGACGCUCGUCGAGCUGCGCACGCCGUUCACGACCGACCUAUCGUCGCUCGAGGGCCUCACGAUCGCCUGGGUCGGCGACUCGAACAACAUCCUCAACGAGAUGAUGGUCACGUACCCUCGCCUCGGCGUCAACCUCCAGAUCGCGACGCCCGAGGGGUACCCGCUCAUGCAGGAGGCGCUCGACCGCGCCAACGACGGCAUCGCCAAGGAGGGCGGCAAGGGCAAGAUCAUCCACACGCACAGCCCUGAAGAGGCCGUCAAGGGCGCGAGCGUCAUCACGACCGACACGUGGAUCUCGAUGGGCCAGGAGGAGGAGUCGGCCAAGCGCCUCAAGGACUUUGCCGGGUACCAGAUCACGGACGAGCUCCUCAAGGGCGCGGCCAAGGACGCCGUCUUCAUGCACUGCCUCCCGCGCCACAAGGAGGAGGUCGACGACGCCGUCUUCUACGGCGACAAGUCGGUCGUGUUCCAGGAGGCCGAGAACCGCAAGUGGACCGCGCUGGCCGCCUUCGACGCCUUCUUCGGCAAGUGGAAGCUGUGAAGGGUCGGCGGCGGGUCGAGCGGGUGAGGAGAGGGAGGUGCGUCGGCGGGCGCACGAGCAUCUUGCAAGUCGAUGUGUGAGCAACGAGAGUGCCGCAUGCCAUCGACGUCGCUUGGCAGGAGAGGCAGACAAAAUGCGAGACGGGUUUCCGCUCGAGCCCUCUCGAGCUCAAGCGCGAC